CUACAGUCUUCCAAUAAUUACACAACAAUUAAAAUGAUAUUUAAUAUUUUCUUUUUUACGGUACUCGCAACAAUUUCAUGCGCUGAAGCUCAAGCUCUCGAUCAACGCAAUGAUUUACAUCAAAAACUUGCAGCAUUGUAUGAGAGAUCGCAGUUAGAGGAAGUUAUUUUAAAUGAAAUUUUUGAUAAAAAUUUAGCAUUAAUACGUAACACUAUUAAACUACUAGGAAUGGAUCCAUUAAAAGUUCCUGAUCACUUAAUAACAAUGACAGAUGUAGGAAUUGGAAAAACUCAUUUACAGGGAGGCUGGGUACAAAAUCUUGUAACAAUUAAACGAUCUGGUGAUGUUAUUUUGCGUUACAAUGAUAAGACUUUUAGUUGUGAUUUUGAUCUUGGUUGGGAUAGUAUUUAUCUAAAUUAUGGUUAUACAAUUAGAUAUCUUAUGUUCACCCGCAAAGGAUCAUUUACAGGAAGAUUUAAAAAUCUUCGAGUGAGAGUUUUGGCCUCGGUGGACUUAGAAAAAAGUUUUCUCAAGCUUGAAUUUUUCAAAUUUGUUGAAGUUGAUAACUUUACACUAAGAUUAGAAGGCCACCUGACGGAUCACCUGAUUAAUAUUCUCACCAGAGCACUAACAGUAUUUGCUAAAAGUCAAAUUCUGCGGGAAAUUGAAUAUCAAUCGACAAGUAUUCUUGAAAAGAAACUUAAAGAAAUCAAUGAAUUGAAACCUGAAUUAAUAAAUUUAACUGUUGAGUCAAUAUUGGAAGUUUUCAGUAAUUCAACGAUUUCUUACGAAUAGUUUCGAUUGGAUUUAUUAAAUGAUUUUUA